AUGGCUUCUAAUAAUGUGGACGUCCUCAUUCAGAGGUUGAGCUCUGCCGACACUGAUCUUAAAUUCAAGGUCGAUGCUGCCGUUCAAUUGCGCGAUGGCCUCGAGAAUUACAUCGCCGGCCCCAUGUACCCAGCAUUCCUCUCUAAGCUUAUACCAAUCUUUAUAAAUUGCUUGAAGGGGCCUCCUGUCUUCAUCAGCACUUCUUCGGAGCAGAAACUUCGAUGUUGUGUCCUGGAGAUACUUCACCGUCUACCGACAACCCCCCUAGAUUCGUUCGAGCCAUAUGCAGUCGAGGUGGUAGAUCUCUUGAUGAGCUUAGUUAGGAUAGACAACGAGGAGAAUGCCACGCUAUGUGUGAAGACGACCAUGGAUAUCAUGCGAAACCAGACUAAGGUUUUGCAAGACAGAGUACAACCGUUUCUCGGUCUCAUCCAAGAAUUAUUUGAUCAGAUGGAUUCGGUUGUCCGCGACCAACUCGACAAUUCUGCCCCUGGAUCUAACCCAUCCGGUGUGCCAUCUACGCCUGGAAGUUCACAAACAUUUCAAAAUUCUCCUCGGCCUGGCUCACCUGUGGCUUCUGUCACAGACCUUGGCCCAGAUUUACAACAGCAAACACGGAAGCUACUGAAGGGGAUGCAAUCAUUCAAGGUUCUUGCUGAAUGUCCCAUCAUUGUUGUAUCGAUAUUCCAAGUUUAUCGCAAUUCGGUGCCUCAAAAUGUCAAAUUAUUUGUCCCACUCAUCAAAAGCGUACUUUUACUUCAAGCUAAACCACAGGAGCAAGCUCAUGCGGAAGCAGCGAAAAAAGGUACAAUAUUCACAGGUGUUAGUCCGGAUAUCAAGAAUCGAGCAGCCUUUGGUGAAUUUAUUACUGCACAGGUAAAGACUAUGAGUUUUCUAGCUUAUCUAUUGAGAGCCUAUUCGCAACAGCUUACGGAUUUCCUUCCCACACUACCGGACAUAGUAGUGAGGCUGUUGAAGGACUGCCCUCGCGAAAAGUCUGGAGCUCGAAAAGAGCUACUGGUGGCGAUCAGGCAUAUAAUCAACUUCAACUUCAGAAAGAUAUUCCUCAGAGUGAUAGACCAACUUCUUGAUGAAAGAACACUAAUUGGAGAUGGUUUGACCGUGUAUGAAAACAUGCGACCUCUGGCCUACAGCAUGUUAGCCGACCUUAUCCAUCAUGUCCGAGAUGCUUUGGAACCUGGCCAGAUUCGAAAAACGGUCGAGGUCUAUACCAAGAACCUACAGGAUAGUUUUCCCGGGACGAGCUUUCAGACGAUGAGCGCAAAGUUAUUACUCAACAUGGCUGAGUGUAUUGCAAAAAUGCCUAACAAGACAGAUGCUCGUCACUAUUUGAUAAUGAUACUUAAUGCGAUUGGGGAUAAAUUCGCAGGAAUGAAUCGCCAGUAUACUAAUGCAGUCAAGCUUUCAAAGCAUUAUUCCCAACACUCGAUCGAUACCGCGCCCGACGAUUAUUUAGCAGAUAAGGAAAACCCACCGGAUUGGGACGAGAUUGACAUAUUCUCAGCAAUGCCUAUUAAGACAUCGAAUCCUCGUGACAGGGGCGCAGAUCCAGUGGCCGAUAACAAAUUCUUGUUCAAAAAUCUCAUGAAUGGUCUGAAGAACACAUUCUACCAAUUGAAAUCCUGCAAUGGGGGUUCGCCAAUUGAUCUCGCGAAUGCUCCUCCGCACUGGGCAGAGGUGUCGCAUGGCUUUUCUGCGGAAGAAGUUCAGGUUAUUAUAAAACUAUUCCGAGAAGGUGCAUACGUAUUUCGAUAUUAUGAGAUAGAGAAACCUGCGACAGAAUCGCAGUAUUCAUCACCUGUUGAAUUCAUGGCCAACCAUUAUAUGGUAUCUAGCAGCAAGGAGGAAAAGGAUCUCCUCGAAACUUUCGCCACAGUUUUCCACUGUAUAGACCCGGCCACCUUUCACGAAGUAUUUCAUGAAGAAAUCCCUAAACUCUACGAAAUGAUAUUUGAGCAUACAGCUCUUCUCCAUGUUCCUCAAUUUUUUCUUGCUAGCGAAGCAACUUCGCCUAGCUUUGCCGGAAUGCUAUUACGAUUCCUCAUGGAUCGCAUCGAUCAAGUUGGUACGGCCGAUGUCAAAAAAUCCUCAAUUCUUCUUCGACUGUUCAAGCUAGCAUUCAUGGCCGUGACUCUCUUCUCGAACCAGAAUGAGCAGGUUUUGUUGCCACACGUAGUCAAAAUUGUGACAAAAUCCAUCGAACUUUCGACAACCGCCGAGGAACCUUUAAACUACUUCUUACUACUGAGAUCUCUUUUCAGAAGUAUUGGUGGUGGAAAGUUCGAGCACCUUUACAAGCAAAUUCUUCCUCUUUUAGAGAUGCUAUUAGAGGUCCUCAAUAACCUACUUUUAGCCGCGCGCAAACCCGCAGAUCGAGACCUUUACGUUGAACUCUGUUUGACAGUACCGGCACGGUUGAGUAACCUUCUUCCUCAUCUCAGCUAUUUGAUGCGGCCUCUCGUAUUUGCUCUGCGCGCUGGCUCUGAUCUUGUUGGCCAAGGAUUGCGCACACUGGAACUAUGCGUGGACAAUUUGACGGCAGAUUACUUGGAUCCAAUAAUGGCACCAGUAAUUGAUGAACUGAUGACUGCACUAUUUGACCAUCUUCGACCAAAUCCAUACAGUCAUUUUCAUGCACAUACUACCAUGCGUAUACUUGGGAAAUUGGGAGGCCGCAACAGAAAAUUUAUGACCGGUGUCCCCAACCUCAGUUUCCAGCAAUUUGCGGAUGACAUCACGACCUUUGACUUGAAGCUAAUUGGCUCUAAGAAGGAGAAGCCUUUUCCGGUCGAGAUAGGAAUUGACCUUGCCAUUGGGAAGCUGAUGGAAGUUCCGAAGGGUGCUGCUGCCAAGAAAUCAGAUUCUUAUUACAAGAGGCAAGCUCUUGCUAUGGUCAAAACCCAGCUCAAGUUGCGAUUGGGAGCAGACAACCUUCCAGAGGACUUUCCUCGCCUGGUGAGGCUUCAAGCACAAGAUCUUCUGUCAAAGAAAGCAGAUGCAGGUUUAUCACUAUUUGAGACACCUGUCAGGAACCGGUCUGAAGCUAAGAAGAUGCAACAAGAUAUCAUGCUGAAGAAACUUUUGAAGGCUUGCAUCUUUGCGGUGUCCCUUCCUGAAUUCUCAUCAGAGGCCACCGGUCUACUGUCUAGCAUCUGCAAACAUAUUACGAUUAUCGAAGUUGCUAGAUCACUGGGCGACAUGAGAGUGAGAAUGAAGCCAUUUGACGUCAACGCAGGAGAAGGCCCUCCUUGUAUUGAUAGCAAAGUUUUGGGAGACGCUAUCGUCGAAUCUUUGGCUUCUGAUCUGCCUGCUGUGCGUGAUGCCGCCAAGUUCGCUGCCCAAGAAGUUUACGAUUCGACGGCGACAAUUUUUGGGUCGAACCACUUUAUUUACAGACUCUCUUUUUUUAGUCAUUUGAGUAAUGUCUUCUGUCACAGUUGUUAUCAGGAAGAGUGGUUCACUAAAACUGGUGGUAGUUUGGGUAUCAAUCUUAUGCUAACCAACUUUGAUCUCAGUGAUAGCUGGAUGCUGGAAAAGCAGGUUGAGUACACUAAAGCUCUUAUGCAUGUUGUCAAAGACAUGCCGCCGGAUUUACCAGCGAAGACUCGAAUUGCUGCUCAGGAUACACUAGAACUUCUGUUGAAACGAUGCGCCGGCAAAUCCUCUAAAGCUGAUCUUCAACACUCGUCACAGCCCGGACAACCAUCACGACCAUCUAAGCUUCUUCAGCUGUGCAACAUUUUCAAUGCGGAGGUCUACCACAUGAACGGCCAUGUUCGCGAAACCGCGAGGAAAUCUCUUGAGACUAUCGCGAAGGAAAUUGGCGUUGAAGUCUACGAGCUUCUUGCCCACCAGCAAGAUCGAAUCUUGGCUCCAAUCUACAACAAACCUCUCAGGGCUUUGCCAUUCGCAACUCAGAUUGGAUACAUCGACGCUGUCAAUUAUUACAUGACCCUAAAGAAUGACUUCCUUGCGUUUGACGAUACCUUGAACAGGCUCCUUAUGGAGUGUCUAGCGUUGGCCGAUGCACCAGACGAAUCGCUGGCGCCAAAACCCUCCGAGUAUCGAACGCAUGAGCACAUCGUCAGUCUCCGAGUCUCCUGCAUAAAGACUUUGACGACUGCCAUGGGAUUCGACGAUUUCCAGAAAGGUCCAGCCAAUCCGACUCGAACCAGGAUUGUCGGUGUAUUUUUCAAAUGCCUCUAUUCCGAUUCCAAGUCGACCAUUGAAGCGGCUAAUAACGCAUUGAAAGUGGUCUUGUCUCAUUCUACUAAGCUCCCCAAGGAUCUCCUUCAGAAUGGUCUUCGACCUGUUCUGGCUAAUCUUCAAGACCCUAGACGCUUAAGCACCCACGGUCUGGACGGCCUAGCUCGAUUGCUUCAGCUUCUGACAACAUACUUCAAGGUUGAGAUCGGUGCACGUCUGCUGGAACACAUCAGAGUGCUUGCAGAACCAAGCUCUCUGCAGCGUAUAUCCUUUACUCUCGUAGAGCAAAAUGAGCAAAUGAAGAUCAUUGCGGCUGUUUUCAACAUUUUUCAUCUUUUGCCUCCUGCAGCCGAGCAAUUCAAAGAGCGGCUUAUAGAGGCUGUCUUGGAGUUGGAAGAAAAACUUCGUAGGACACGACAUAGUCCAUUCCGAGCUCCACUAUAUAAAUACAUCAAUCGAUAUCCCAAAGAAGUAUGGGCCAUGCUUCUCAGCAAGAUCGAGGACCAAAAGUAUGGGAGGUUCUUGGCACAAGUUUUAGACCAUCCAGACAGUAUACCUCUACGAGCAGUCGUGGUGCGCAAUAUAGAUUCUUUGAUAAAGAGCUGCGGAGAUAUGGGCGCAGAAAACAGAGAGACUCGGUAUGCUGCGGUCAUUAACGCCAUCAAUGUCAUGCACUCCAUCUGCAGCUUCAAGGGAACUGAACUUUGGAUGGACAAAAAGGAAAACUUAAUGUGGUUUAGGCUAGUUGGCAAGAAUCUCGAGCAACACCUACGCACUAACACCCUUCCACCAAAUCUUCGACUGGCGGCCGAGCAAGCAGGACGGCAACUUAUGACCAUCUUUACAAAGUUCUUGGCAUACAGUCCUCGUGAUCUGGAUUCCUUCUUCAAUCUAAUUGAGUCCAUAACGGCUGAAGAUUUUAAGCCCAGCCAGCCAAUCUUUGAUUUCAUCUACAAGUCUAUAGUGUGCAGCGAGUCAAUUGAUUACCGCAAAGCUAUCGUCUUGCGAAGUUUGGAGAUAUACGUUGGCAAGACUGCAACGCAGAAAAACAAGACUUUCCUCCUGCACAAUCUUGUCAAUCCAAUCAUAGCUAUGGAUAUUAUGCGCAACUUCCAGCAGCCAUCAUCGGCCAAGAGUUCCCGUCUUAUAGACAGGACUAUUGUCGAAUCGAUACAUACCAAGGUUUGGAAAGUCGGUUUGCCGGAUCCCAGUGAUGAUCUCACACAACCAGGAAUUGAUCAUACCCGGAUGGAACUUUUGCAAUUGACCGCCAUGCUCGUCAAAUACAAUCAUUCUAUCCUUCAAGACGCUAGAAAAGAUAUCAUCAAGUUCGGGUGGGGCUACAUCAGGCUCGAGGAUGUCAUCAAUAAGCACGCUGCAUAUGUCGUUAUUGGAUACUUUAUUGCACAUUACGAAACACCCGCCAAAAUCGUCCAGCAGGUAUAUUUUUCCCUUCUGAAAACGAAUCAAAAUGAAGGACGGGCUCUGGUCACACAGGCACUUGAAUUGAUAGCGCCGGUUCUACCUAAGCGUUGCAAUGCUGUACUUGGAGACCGCAAUCCCGUAUGGGCUGCCGCUCCACGCCGCAUACUUGCGGAGGAAGGCCAAAAUGUGCAACAGAUGACAAGCAUUUUCAAUUUCCUUGUGAAACAUGCAGAUCUCUUUUACGAGUCUCGUGACAAGUUCAUCAAUCUCAUCAUCGGCUCUUUGCGCAAAAUUGCAGCACCGCCAAAUCCAUCCAACGAGAGCAAGAAGUUGGCCCUGCAUCUGAUGUCAUUGAUAUGGCAAUGGGAAGAGCGACGCGUUGAAAGGAAGGCAGUUUCUCCAGAGAGGUCUUUAUCUGAGUCCCCAAAUACAAAGAAAAGAAAGCUCGACACUCUCAACGAGGUUCAGACUUCGACUCCAUCGCCAUCACUACCUGGGCCUACUCCCGCAAACGAUAAACCAGAGUACCAGAUUCCUGCUAUGAUGCGUGCCAAGAUGAUCAAAUAUCUCGUUGAAUUCAUUGCCUCACUUAAUGAGCGAUAUCCCCUGCCAUCAGCUCGGAGUCGAGAUACAACGACGACUAAUGGGCCAAUCCAGCCAACACCUUCUGUUGAAAUGUGCAAGAAAUCCAUGUCUUUGCUUUGGAAUCUUCUACAACCUCAGUACUGGGGAGAUCUUGACAUCGAUCUUUUCCCGAACGUCACGGAGACAGUCCUAGCAAGUGACAAAACGACGGUGGCUCUCGCGAGCGAACGCUCUGACAAGGACAAGCCGGACGACAAGUUCAUUACAAACAUGGUCAAUACACUGCAAAUUGUUCGAAUUGUUGUCAAUAUAAAGCCUGUCAAAUGGAUUCUCGACAAAAUGCCAGAAAUUCAACACAUCCUAGAGAAAGCACUGAAAUCCGAUAACCCAGAAAUUCAAGAUUGCUUACACGCUGGCGAUGAGAAAAUAGAUGAUGGACGGAAAUUAAAUCCAUUGCUCACGCGUAUCUUAGAGGCAGUUCCUGACGAUACUCCAAUGGAAGACGCAGAUGCAGAGUGCGAACCAGAAGCAUCAACUUCUGAGAUUAUAACUUUCCUAUCUGCCAUAGCUACGGAGACGCUCUCGGCCAAUAAUUACAUAUCUGGUCUCAAUAUCCUCUGGACUUUGGCGCAGAGGAAAGCAUCGGAGAUGGACCAGCACAUCCCGCAAGUUAUGAAAGCUUUGCAGCAAAAAUUGGCACGUGAGCAUGUAGGCCAUUACUCUGCACUCACUGGCCAAGCUACACUCCCUGCUGCGAUGCGACCAGGCGAGGUUGAACCUGUUGGCCUUCUGACUCAUUACGACCUGGAAAUCCAAACUGGGCUCAUGCUCAAAGCCAUCGACGUGAUAUCCUUGCGUAUGGAUACUCUCGGUGAUAGUCGUCGCCCAUUUCUGAGUGUCCUCGCAACUUUAGUGGAAAAAUCUUUGAGUAAUCCAUUAUGUCUAAAGAUAUUAGAUAUGGUAGAAACCUGGGUCUUCAAGUCGGAAGGGUCUUGGCCCACCUUGAAGGAGAAGACCGCAGUUUUGCAUAAAAUGCUGACCUUUGAGCAGCGCACAGAUCAGACAUUGUUGAUGAAGUUCUUGGAGCUCGUUAUCCGGAUCUAUGAAGACCCAAAAAUUACGCGCACCGAGCUGACAGUCCGCAUGGAGCAUGCAUUCUUGAUCGGCACAAGAGCGCAGGACGUGGAUAUGCGAAAUCGAUUUAUGGCCAUAUUUGACAGAAGCCAAUCUAAAACGGCAAGUACAAGGCUAAAUUAUGUCAUCAUUGGACAGAAUUGGGAUACUUUAGCAGAAUCUUACUGGUUAGCGCAAGCUUCUCAGUUGCUUCUAGGUGCUGUGGAUGCGAACCACUCUAUCCAGUUGCAUUCGGAUGACUUCAAGAUGAUGCCCGCUUCGAUGCUUUACGAGAAUUAUGCCAGAGACAGUCGAACCCCUACUUUACCACAAGAUAACAGAUUUGACGGCCUCAUGGCAUCCCACAGACGCUUUGUUGCGGAGCUUGGGGAUGUCAAAGUACGAGACAUUAUUGAACCGCUGAGCCAACUUCAGCACCUCGAUCCAAACAUGGCCCACGAGAUAUGGGUAGCUUUGUUCCCAGUGUACUGGAUUGCCACUCCAAAAGAUGAACGAAGAGAACUGGAACGAGGCAUGGUGACUCUACUCACAAAAGAAUACCACUCGCGCCAAAUCGACAAGCGACCAAAUGUGGUACAAUCGCUCCUGGAAGGUGCAGCUAAAGCAUGGCCCGAAUGUAAACUACCACCACACGUAGUCAAACAUUUGGCCAAGACCUACGAUGCUUGGUACACAGCCCUCGUACAGCUUGAGAACGCUGCUAUAAAACCAGAGAUCGACAGCGACUUGGUUCGGGAAAGCAAUCUUGAUGCUCUCGUAGAAUUGUAUUCAGGACUCCAGGAAGACGAUCUUUUCUAUGGGACUUGGCGUCGCCGUUGCGCAUACGUCGAGACCAAUGCCGCACUUUCAUAUGAACAGAAUGGAAUGUGGGAUAAAGCUCAGACAAUGUACGAACAUGCUCAAAUUAAAGCACGAACUGGGGCGCUUCCUUUCUCACAAGGGGAAUACCUGCUGUGGGAAGACCACUGGGUUCUUUGUGCCCAAAAACUUCAACAAUGGGAAGUUCUUCAAGAUUUUGCGAAGCAUGAGAAUUUCCAGGAUCUGCUUCUCGAGUGCGCCUGGAGGCAAACUGACAUUUGGCAAGAGCCUGAGCAUCGUGAGCAGCUAGAUAACAUCAUCAAAGGUGUCAUGGAUGCACCAACACCAAGAAGAACUUUCUUCCAGGGUUUCAUGUCUUUGCUCAAGCUCCACAAUAAGACCGAAACGCAAGCAGAGUUUAGUAAGGUUUGCGACGAAGCCAUCCAACUUUCAAUCCGUAAAUGGCACCAACUGCCAAAACGCAUUACCAACGCUCACAUUCCACUACUUCAGAAUUUUCAACAGCUUGUGGAACUUCACGAUGCUAGUGUCAUAUGUCAAAGCCUGUCACAGACUACCAAUAUUAACCUGGAUGUCAAAUCGGGUGAACUGAAGCUUCUAUUGGGAACUUGGCGUGAUCGACUACCAAAUGUAUGGGAUGACAUUACAGCUUGGCAGGAUCUUGUCACAUGGAGACAGCAUAUUUUUGGUCUGAUUAACUCAACCUACUUGCAACUCCUUCCUCAGCAACCUCCAACCGCUAACGGUGCGUCCUUUGCCUAUAGAGGCUAUCAUGAAACUGCUUGGAUCAUCAAUAGGUUUGCUCAUGUAGCCCGGAAGCACAACCUACCCGAGGUUUGCAUUAGUCAACUCAGUCGAAUUUACACGUUACCAAACAUCGAGAUUCAAGAGGCAUUUCUGAAGCUUCGAGAACAAGCAAAAUGUCACUACCAAAAUCCCAACGAAUUGAAUAAUGGUUUAGACGUCAUUAACAACACCAAUCUGAAUUACUUUGGUCCUGGCCAGAAGGCAGAAUUUUACACUUUGAAAGGCAUGUUCCAGGAAAAGCUCGGUUUAAAGGACGAAGCAUCCGAAGCUUAUGGAAUGGCGUUGUUUUUCGAGAUCAAGCUUCCUAAGGCUUGGGCUGAAUGGGGCUACUUCAAUGAUCGCUUGUUUAAAAUUAAUCAAGGUGACUACACAUUUGCCAGGAAUGCCUUGAGCUGCUACUUGGAAGCAGCAGGUUUGUUCAAGAAUGCCAAGUCUAGAAAACUUCUCACAAGAAUUCUCUGGCUGUUGAGUCUCGAUGAUGCGGAAGGUACACUUUCGACACAGUUCGAUGAGUACAAGGGAGAAACGCCGGUCUGGUAUUGGAUCACAUUUAUCCCCCAACUCCUUACGGGCCUGGGACACAAGGAGGCAGCUAAAGCACAUAUGAUAUUGUCUAAAAUUGCAAAAUCAUAUCCUCAAGCCUUGUUCUUUCAGCUCAGAACAAACCGCGAAGACAUGCUUGCUAUCAAGAAGCAACAGGAUGUGAAGGACGCUAAAGCCAGAGCUAAAGCCCAGGCAGCAAACGGUACCUCUCAUAUCAAAACGGAAAACACCAACGGCGCAAGAUCCGAAAGUGCCUCUGCAUCACGGCCCGGAACUGCAAGUGUCGAAACUGUUCCUGCAAUUAAGACAGAGCCCGGAGAAACGAACGGCAAUCACGCCAGCGCAAACGGAGCUCCUGUCAACGGAGUCUCUACUAAUGGCUCCGCGAAUAUUUCGCAAGAUGUCGCACCGACUCAGGGACCCCAAAAGAGACCCCCUUGGGAGUACACCGAAGAACUGUUGGGAAUUUUAAAGACGGCGUUUCCAUUAUUGGCACUUUCUAUGGAAGCUAUGGUUGACUCCAUCCAAAAGAACUUCAAAUGCCCACCCGAUGAGGAUGCUUACAGAUUGAUAGUAGCUUUACUCAAUGACGGACUUUCUUAUGUUGGUCGUGCGCCGGCAUCAUAUGCCAAGGAUAUCAAACUUCCGCCAGCAACAGAAGCAAAUAUCACUCGAUUUGCAGAGACUAUCCUACCCCCUCACAUUAGGACAUCAUUCGAGCAGGAUUUCGUUAAGCAUAAGCCCACAAUGUUCGAGUACAUUCACAAACUUAGGAUAUGGAGAGACAAAUUUGAAGAGAAACUAGAUCGUCGCACCCUGACAAUGCCGCUCGAAGGUUACAACUCUUAUCUUAUUGAUUUCCGUUUCCAAAAGCUUGACGAGAUAGAAAUCCCUGGGCAGUAUCUUCUCCACAAAGACAAAAACCAGGAUUUUGUUCGCAUUGAACGAUUCAUGCCUGACGUAGAUCUUGUGCGUGCAAUUGGAGUUUGCCAUCGUCGGAUUAGGAUUCGUGGCCAUGAUGGAAGCCUGCAUCCCUUUGCUAUACAGCAUCCCGCGGCACGACAUUGUAGACGAGAAGAACGCAUUUUGCAGUUAUUCAGACAUUUUAAUGGUACCUUGAGCAAACGAAAGGAGAGCAGAAGACGUAAUCUGAACUUCCAUUUACCGUUAAUGAUUCCUCUUGCACCACAUAUCAGAAUGGUGCAAGACGAUCCAACCUACAUUUCAUUGCAGGGCGUCUAUGAUGAUCAUUGCAGGAGACACGGUAUCACUAAGGACGCUCCAAUUGUGUUCACCAUGGAGAUGCAGAAACUCUUGUUUGAGGAUAAGAAUAAGUCUGCUGAACAUUCUGCCACUGCCAAAUUGGAGACUUUUGCUGCCAUUCAAGAACGAUACGUUAAGCCAACGGUUGUUCUUGAAUAUUUCACUAAAACCUACCCUUCAUUCUCCGAGUUCUGGUUAUUCCGAAGACAGUUUUCUUAUCAAUAUGCAGCUCUCACCUUCAUGACGUAUAUCCUACAUAUGCACAAUCGCUUUCCUCACAAGAUUACAGUCUCGCGUGCCACAGGCAAUGUUUGGGGAUCUGAAUUGAUGUCGUGCAUGGCAGCGGGCAAACCACUUUUCCACAACCCUGAGCCUGUACCAUUCCGUCUUACCCCCAACAUUCAAACACUUAUGGGGCCUUUGGCCACUGAGGGUAUUUAUAGUUGUGCCAUUAUGGCCAUUGCACGAUGCCUCACUGAGUCAGAGUUCGAACUCGAACAACAACUCUGUCUCUUCGUACGCGACGAAAUGAUAUUCUGGCACCAGAGCAGCCAUCGACUUUUAGACGAUACUCAAUUAAGGCAGUCUGUGCAAGGAAAUAGCGAUAUGAUAGUUAAGAGGGCAUUGAGCAUAGCUAAAUCGCCAGAAGGUGCGCUACCUGCCAACCAGACGGUGAUUGAUUUGAUUGCCAAGGCAGUCAAUCCUAUGAACCUUGCGCAAUGCGAUGCUUUGUGGAUGCCAUAUCUAUGA